CAAUACUUGCCCAGUUUCUCGUGCACCUCUCGUUUCUCACUUCGAAAGUCGUAUAACUCGACUACGGUGCACGUUGUUUUUGGGUAAUCAAGCCCGCGCGCCGUUUCAGAGUGUCUUGACGCCAAAAUUAGCUGACGCACGCGACCGCGCGAUCCGACAGCCUCUCAUUCAAACCGCACUUUCUCCAUGGCAAGCACGAGCACCGGUCUCCGGAAGCGCAUGGGCUUUCUGCGGCGGUCAAACAUUCAUCACGAUACACUCGACGAGCUGGGCAUGGACGAGGUGCAGGACGAUGUGCGUCUGGAUGAUCAUCUAGCAGUCGACGCCGGGAUCAUAGGCUCGUCCAUAACCGAAGAGGCGACGGAAUCGGAGUCGGGAGACGAGACGACCGAAGAAGAGGGCGAAGUGGACGGUGACGAGGAGGAACUGCGGGGUCCAGAGAAGGAGGCGGAGGGGAGCAGCAAGCGAGGACAAAGUUCUUCUCAUACAGGCGACGACAGGCCCGAGCGCCCAGCACUUGACAUGCCGAAAAGACCACCAUCGAUUCCAAGGACUUCAAGUAUCAGGCGCCCGCCCAGUGAGGAGACGUCGCCGGGCAUCUCCCGACGGGCGUGGUACGAGUUUGACCUUUCAGUGGUCGUCGCACUCGUCUCUCCUCUAGGCAACCUCUUGACUGGUGGUGACCACGUGCGGAAUAUCCUCCUAAUUAUCCUUCUGAUAUUCUACCUCCACCAAGUUAUCGAGGUCCCCUGGUCACUUUACCACUCAUCUCGGCCGCGUCGACGAGCGCCGGAAAUCCGUGUAGACGGCACUGUAGAGGAACGGUACCUACAGCUAGCAUCGUCGGAACUGCGCAGGCUUGAAUUGUUCUUCCUCCUCCUCACCGUCAUAUCACCAUUUCUGGGUGCUCUUUUGCUACGACGUAUCAGCGAAGCGGUCCUUGGUCACAACGCAAUCUCCUGGUUCUCUAGCGGCCUUUUUGUCCUUGCAACCGGCAUACGGCCUUGGACCCAUUUAGUCGAACGCCUUCAACAGCGGACGACAGACCUCCACGACAUUGUCCAUUACCCCUCUUCGGGGUCACCGGCGCUAGUCCUUGAUGCCCAGGAACAGUUGGAUGCGCUCCGAGAUCGUACGGAGCUUCUCGAGACCGAGCUCCACGACGUGAAGCAGCAGCUCAAAGACAUGGUCAGCACAGACGAGAUGUACGAACACGUCGACGAAGCGAUCGAGGGUGUCGAGAGGGCGCUGCGCAAGCAAGAACGCAAGGUCUUCGCAGGCAGGUCGACGGAGGAAUCUCGUAUCGCGGCCCUGGAGGCCAUGGUAGAAGCAAUGCGGGCGGAGCGCAUUCUGCAGGCACAGCCGCCUCCGACGCUCGGCGCAUGGCUAUCCUCCUUUGUUCCGUAUUGGCUCGUCCGGGAGACAGAAAACUAUCAAAAAACUCGCAGGUCGUCCCGACUGCAUUCCCUUUCGGCUUCUGGCUCUCCCCGACUCGAGACGAUACCCGAGGACGAUGGAUACGGAUACGUUAGUCCAACAAAUUCGAGGUUUGUUAGCUCCAAACCUCGAUCACGCGUUCGCAUCCCAUUCCUCAAUAUUGUGUUCCGGGUCGGAGACCUCGCGACUUUACCCAUCCGGGCCUUCUUCGGCUACCUUCUCUCCCCUCGGUCUAUUAUAUCCCCGUACGCUCGCUGAUGGUCGCCAGUUCGCAUCUGAUUAUCUGUGGUCUUCCAUUUUGAAAUCCGAGCCUAUCCUGUGUCUGUUUGACACGUUCAUUCCUUGUUCCUCGAUAUCGAUAUUCGUGUUCGCGCUUCCGUCUUUCUCUUGGUGAUAGUUCGUCUCAUUGGGACAGCAAGAUUCAUUGUAAUUAUUAUCAUUGUCCUAUUGUCCUCCCUCGCUUCCAAUAGUCUUCGACUGUAUCCCUUCC